CAGCUCUCUCCAAGCAGGAACAAGCCUCAGUGGUUUUUCCACCGUAGGAAUGGUAGCGUUAGCAGGUUAGCUCUUCGGGCAUCAGCUGUAGGAUUCAUUUACUUGUUAACGCUCCUUAGAUUUCGGUUUUCCUGUUAGAUAAUGAAUUUACUGCCAUCUAAUCCUCACGGGAAUGGGCUCCUCUAUGCUGGAUUCAACCAGGAUCAUGGAUGCUUUGCCUGCGGGAUGGAGAACGGGUUCCGUGUGUACAACACAGAUCCUCUUAAAGAGAAGGAGAAGCAAGAGUUCCUGGAGGGGGGGGUCGGCCAUGUGGAGAUGCUGUUCAGGUGUAACUAUUUAGCACUAGUGGGAGGAGGGAAGAAGCCAAAGUACCCAACCAACAAAGUGAUGAUCUGGGAUGACCUGAAGAAGAAGACAGUAAUUGAGAUUGAGUUCUCAACAGAAGUGAAAGCAGUGAAGCUUCGGCGUGACAGGAUCGUGGUGGUCCUGGACUCAAUGAUCAAAGUCUUCACCUUUACCCACAACCCCCAUCAGCUGCAUGUGUUCGAGACCUGCUAUAAUCCCAAAGGUCUGUGUGUGCUGUGUCCCAACAGCAACAACUCCCUGCUGGCCUUCCCUGGCACUCACUCAGGCCACGUGCAGAUAGUGGACCUGGCCAACACAGAGAAGCCCCCGGUGGACAUCCCUGCCCACGAGGGGGCGCUGUGCUGCAUUGCUCUAAAUCUGCAGGGUACAAGGAUAGCUACUGCAUCAGAAAAAGGGACUCUGAUCAGGAUCUUUGACACAUCUGCAGGGCAGCUCAUACAGGAGCUGAGGCGUGGCUCUCAGGCAGCUAGCAUCUACUGCAUUAAUUUCAACCAGGAUGCGUCUCUGAUCUGUGUGUCCAGUGACCAUGGCACCGUGCACAUCUUUGCUGCAGAGGACCCCAAAAGGAACAAACAGUCCAGGUCAGUCUUUGCUGAAGGCUUUGAAAUGUUUUCUGAGUGAACCGCCUACAGCGUC